UAGCUCUUUUAGAAUCAUGGAAGUCUGAGGAAGGAAAAAAAAUAGGGCAGCGCAUGAAAAUACUCAGCUAAAAGGGAUUUUAAAGUGAAAUUUCAAAAAAAAAUAAAAAAGAAAUAAAAAAAAUAUGUCACAAUCGAACGGUACCAGGAGGGUUUCUCCCAAUCAAACCCCCAAAAUGGGCCAACACAACAUGGCCUAUGUCCGGGAGACAAAUGAGGCCAAUCACAAGGAGGUCGCAAAUCAAUUUCACAUUCCAACCGCCACAGAGACAACUCAAUCUCCUUCCUCCUCAGCAACACCACCCUCGGAUAUAAUUGGCCAAAUUAUUGGCGACUUUGGAGUCUGGCAACUACGCACCGUGCUCAUAAUAUUCCUCUGCAAAAUACCAGCCUCAUGGUUUAUGGCCUGUAUAAUUUUCACCGCUCCCGAGCUAUAUCCUCAAACCGAGUUCGAAUGUGAUCCCACGGCGUUGACAGCAAAUCAAACCAUCACACCCAAUCAGUGUUACAUCGAAGAUCCGCAGACCUCAAAUCGGCAAGAAUGCACCCAAUUCCUGUACAAUUUUGAUUUUCAAUCUUUGAUUAUGGAAUUUGAUUUGGUUUGCCUGCGUGAUAUUUUUGUGGCAUGGACCCAGUAUUGGCAUUUGUUUGGUGUCCUGGUGGGUGGUGUGGUGGCCACAAAAAUGAUGUUGUUUGUCAGUCCCCGCAAUGUGUACUUUAUUGGACAAAUGGCCCAAAUCGUUUGCGGUGUUGUAACCGGAUAUGCCCGAGACUUUAGCCUGCACUGUGCCUUUCGUUGUCUGUCAGCCGUUUGCUGUGCCAUCAUGUUUACCUCGGGACAAGCCAUAUUUGCUGACAUUACCUCGGGCAUCUAUCGCAUUGGUGCCAUAAUACUCUACGACACCUUUUGGUCGCUGGGUGUCAUCUUCCUACCCUCACUGAGUGCUUUCUUCAACAGUUGGACUCACAUCUAUUUGGGUAUUACAUUUCCCACCUUAUUCCUAACACUACUACUUCAAUGGACACCAGAAUCUCCUAGGUGGUUGUUGAAAAAUGGCUGUGACAAAGAUGUGGACCGAGUAGAGGCUAUCGUCCGGGAGGGAGCUAGCAUUAAUGAUCGCCUGUGUAAAAUUCCACCUGACUUCCAUCAACAGCUAAGGAAUUUGAGAGAAAAAAUGCGUUCUGCCCCAGCACCCGCUAAGUGGUUGGAAUUGUGGAAGGGUCCAAGGGCCAAGGUACACAUGAUUGCUGCGCAUUUGGCACUGUCGGCUUUUAUCAUCAAUUUCAUGGGUAUGCUGCUGAAUAUUCGUUCCUUUGGUCGGGAUUAUUUGGUGCCCAACACUGUGGCAAUGGGUUUCUCGGAAAUCUUUGGCUGUUUCCUGGCUUUGCAUUUCACCCUGAAACACAACAAAUGGAAAUGGCAGUGGGCUGGAGGUUUCAAUAUUGUGGCUGGCCUGAUUGGAUGCCUGGGAUGGCUGUUUAGUCGAACGGAAAUGAAUCCCGAACUGAAAGUCACCCUGUGGAUGAUAAUUGCCACCAUACCCAAAAUGGGUGUCUCCUGUGCCCAGUCCAUGAUUUUGGCCUGUAUGGCUGAAGUUAUGCCGGCAAAUAAGAAGGUACCAUAUGUUUUCUCCGUGGUUACCUGGGCUCGCGUCUGGCUACUCUCGGCACCUUUUAUAAAUGUCCUAAAGAAAAUCGAUGUUGCUCUCUCCCUGAGCUCCUAUUGUGCUCUGAGUAUAUUUGGUGGUAUUUGUACCUGUCUAAUGUUAACACCACGCAGCACCAAUGCAACGCCACAAAAUCAGGAUCAGGAUCCAGCGGCGGCAAAGAAAGAUAUAUCUCCCCUAACGAAACCUGUCUUUACCGUGGAUAUCAGUAAUACUCAGCUGUAGGAUAUACGAAGAGAUGGAAGGGAGGAAUAAAGGCAGUGCCUAAUCGGAUCCUAAAUGAAAUUUUCUAGCACAAAAUAAGUAGUUAAAAUAGUCUGUAAGAUGAAAGUGAUAGAAAAGUUGUUACCGAAGUGUACUUAAAACUCGGAAGAGUAUUGUUGUUGCAGUUUUUUCCCUUGUAUAUAAGUAUUUUUUACAAUGAAUAUACAUUUUUAUUGAAUGUGAUGAAAUAUACAAUAUCGAAUAUAAACAA